GCUAUGAGGGCUACGACUACUACAACACCCAAACCACCGCUGCCAACACAGCGGCCACGUACAACUACGCCGCCGCCACCUCCGGCAGCUGGGAAACGCCCAAAUCCUCGGAUCUGAGCAUGAACGCCGACGUCGGCGCCGCCAUGCCCGUCCCCUCCUACGGCACCGAGAGCUCGGGCAACGAGAACUCGGAUUCCAUCAUCGCCAAGAUCAACCAACGUUUGGAUAUGCUGUCGAAGGAGGGCAGCGGCGGCACGGGGGAGGGGAUGGACGACCAGGAGAGCUCCUUCAGGUUUGAGUCUUUUGAAUCCUACGACUCGAGGUCUUCGAUGAACGACCGCGACAUGUACCGCUCCGGCUACGACUACGGAGACGUCGGAACCGAUCGGAACGAUUCCUUCGGCAGCCAGUUCGACAGCCGGAGGGAUCAGUCGCGUAACCGAGGAAACAACUACGGCCUCAUGCGAGGCCGGGGUCAGAACCGCGUCCAGAACCGAGGGCGGCUGAACGCUUUCAACCGCGCCGACCACUUCAUGCCUUCCUCCAGCUCCGAGCGCCUCUCGGCUCGUUGGAACGAGUUGAACUACAUGGGUGGGCGUGGGAUGGGGGGUGCCGGAUCCAACAGGCUCCCUUCCCUCUUUUCCCAAGCCCUCGUUCCCGAUUACGGCGACUACGGGGACUACGGCGAUUACGGCGACUAUGGGGACUACGGCGAUUACGGCGACUACGGCGAUUAUGGUGACUACGGAGACUAUGACUAUGGCAUGAUGGGGAUGUCGGGCAUGGGAAUGGGACGGUAUGGGAAUAUGCCCUAUGGAAUGGGGAGGCAACGAAACAGAGACAGGAUGGGUUCGGUGCCCUGGCACAUGAACGCGCUCACGCCCAAAGCGGGGCCGCGGGGUGACAAGAACGGAAACUUUUUUGGGGAUGAAGCAGGUGGGGUGCCGCUUGGGUCUGUAAGCGCUGCCGACAUCGUGAGUCGAUCGCAGAUGAGGGCGACGGAGAAGAAAAAUCCGGAGAUGAAGCUGACAAAGGU